AGUAGCUCUCGGACUGCGGGUCUGUAGUCUGCCAGAGGACAUGAAGGAUUCGGGUCCGAUCCUGGACUCGUGGGUCCAGAAUCAGUGUGCGGACUCGGAUCAUUAACUCGGGAAGAUCAGAACCGACGCAGCGACGAGACGAGGCUGAACAGCCCGAGUCCAGGAAGACCAGGACCAGGUUCUGGAUCGGGUUCUGACCCGAGCUCGGCUUUAAUCCUCGAGUCUGGAAGAAAACAGGAGAAAGUUCGGGACGUUUGUGAGGAGCUGAGACGUUCUUCCUCGCAGCCAUGAGCGCGCAGAGUUCCUUCGGCAGCAACAUGCUGUUUCAGACCAUAAACGACGACCUGAACGCAUCGCUGGCCACGGCAGACGAGUUGUCCAAGGAGUUCAGCUCCCUGAUGCAGGAGGCGUCGUCCAGCAAACCUUCAGCCUCUCAGACCAGCUCAAAUACCUUCAGGAACCAGUCUCAGUCCAUCGGGUCCUCCAGUCCGAGGCUGUCUUCAGGAACUGACGGCAGCUCCGGCUCCAUGCCCUUCUCCUCCAACCAGACGUAUUACAGUCCCAUUGACUCUGGCAUCUCCAGCAGCAGCAGCAGAAACGUCCCGUCCCCGCCUGUCAUCCCCUAUGGGUCGCCCAGCCUGUCCGGCUCCACGUUGUCCUCGGGAAGGUCCACUAACGGCAGCUUCAAACCCUUCUCCCCGAUUCAGACUUUCUUUAAUCCCAUUGACCCAAACAUCUCUAGCAGCAAAAACGCUCCAUCUCCACCUGCUGUCUCCAACAGUCCACGUUCAUCCCCGAAGAUCCCGCGGUCACCACGGGUUCACAGACGAUCCGGACCAGACAGCUUCCCGUUCAUACAGCAGGCGCCCGUCUCUCCGCGGUCCGAUUCCCCCUCCUACUACGACAUGAAUCCACAGGGCUUCGUCGGCUACAAGGAGAGAACUAAUUCACCGAGCCGGAAGUCUGGAAGUUUGGACCAAUCGUCUCGCUCCGCUUCACAUCAAACAUCUCUGCUGAGUCCGAGCGACAGCAGCCUGAUGGGCCUCCGGUCCCCUCGACACGACAAGGGUCCGUCUCCGCUGGCCUUCAAGAGCUCCUCUCCUUCGCCUUUCAACCAGACGUAUUCCAGCACCCUUCCUCGAAACUUCCACGGCUCAGGACCACCUGACGAUGGCGGCAAACAGCAAAAAUCUCCCAACAAGUGGAACGAGUCCGAUCUGGACGUGGCCUACGAGAGGAAACCUCAUCACAGCUACGACAAGACGGAGUGGAUGCGUCCAUUCGUGCCAAACAGCAACUGGCGAGAAUCCAACCUCGAUGGCCCUCCUCCGACCUCGAGUCCCAAAAAGGAGCAUCACCUGCUUCCCCAGCAGGGUUCCUACGGUUCCCUGCCUCGUAACGCUCGUAUAUCGGUGCCACCAGAUGUUUCUCCUCAAACCCAGUUCCCGCGGGACUUGAAAAACCCGGCUUACUACACUCAGCCCAUGUCCCGCAUUUCAGUUCCUCCAAAUGCCCCUCAGCACCACCAACAGAGGGGCCUGCCGCUCUCCGUCAUCCUGCGCCUCCAGAACCCCUACUUCGGCGCCAUGGCGACCCACCCCUCUGAGGUUUUCGAGGGAGACCGAGACGUUCCACCUUACCAACCGCCUGUCCCCAUCCUGCAGGAAUUCUUCCACCAACCUGCCUUCCAACUUCAGCAACAUCCACCUGAGCUGAGGCAGCCAGCUGUGUACAGCGACGUCCUGCACUCAGGAGACGUAGACGCAGAGAUCGAGCGUCUGGACAGUGGGUUUUACACUCCGGUGACUUCAGAGAGUCCUGCCACACCUGGGGGAGGUGGAGAGGUGGAGCAGGUGGAGCCGCCUGCUCCGCGGCCCCUGAGCCCCACCAGGCUGCAACCAGUUGUGGCCCCUGAGGCCCGGAGCCACGAGAUCCCCGACUCUGAGGAGCUGCUCCGCAUCAGGGCAGAAAUCCCCCGUCCUCUGAAGAGGCGAGGUUCCGUGGACCCGACCCAGCCUUUGAACAAGGCCUCAAAUUACCAGCGAAACCAGUACAAAUCCGCCAUCAGCAAUUUUUUCCACGGGAACCGCGAAAAAGGGGAGCAGAGAAGUGAGAGCGGGAGCUCCUCGGAUGGAGAGGACAGCGUUGCGCUACCUCCUCCAUUACCACCUCCUCAGACGUCCAGGGUGGUUCUGCCAGAAGUCAAAAACUAUCCUACGAUUCUGCGCAAGUCCAGGGAUCGCAAGAGUCCUGGGAGGCGAGCUCGACUCAGCCCGCUGGUGCUGCUGCUGGACGGAGCGUUGGUGGGCGAACUGGACACUGUGAAGAAAGCUGUGCAGGAGGAGGACCUAAAGCACAGAGAGGAGCAGCAGGCUUUAGGACCCAGUCUGUAUCAUCAGGAGGAGGAGGAGGAGGUGGAGGAGGAGGUGCUGUAUUUGGAAAGUCAGGGUACCAGAAGAAAGCUGACACAGAAGGAGGACCUUCUCGUGUCAGGAGGAGGAUGA